AUGCACUAGUUCUCCAAUGAUUAAUCGCUUCUCAUAAAUAGCAUUAAUUAAUUGAUCUAUUCUCAUUUAAUCUUUUCCUCUCUCCACCUAAACACCUCAUUCUCUCUUCACUCUACAUACUUUACACCCCUCUUUUUGAUCCCAGAAGGUCUUCCUGUAGGGACCGGGACUCGUUGCCUUCUCGUGUAAUUAUUCACCAUUAUUUAGGCCAACCCCAAACAAAGUCAUACUACAAACCCUAAAAGGCCAACCCCUCCUCCUUCUAUUUCAAAAUAUUUGUUCCCCUCUCUUCAAUUUACUUUGAGGAUCCCCCUAUGUCAGAAUAUUCUAUAAGGGUCAAUUAAAAGAAGGUAUUUGGGGAUCAAACGGUCUACCUACCAAGCCAGAAAAGGUUUUGUCAUAUAAAUUUCCUAGUAAGCAAGCCAAAAAAAAGGUGUGUGGUUAGGAAAGUCUUCUGGAAUUCACAGCAGGGAUCUUUUGCCCUUUGUAUAAAAUUAGAGAGGUAUAACAUAGUGAUUUCAAAUAUGUUACCUUUAAAAAAUUUAAAAUAUAGUAAUUGCAAGUCUAAAUUGUUGAAGACCUUAUAUUUCUGUUAAAUAAAAUAAUUAUGGAUUUUAGCGAUGAUUAAUAAAACAACUCAUUAUAAUUAGAUAAGGAUGUCCUUUAAACAUCAUUUUUGUUGAUUUUAAAACACCUUAACUUAUAUAAUUAAAUUUUCAUCAUGGAAGUGGAAUGCAUUUUUCAUUGUAUCUAAAAAAAGUGA